AGUCGGCCCAUCACUAGAUAUUUAUGUUAACCCGACCCAUCACUAAAUUCAAAGAGUCUCUCGUUCUCACACACAAAUAAAGCUCAGCGAAGCACAUUGUCCCCGCCAUUUCUAAUUCGAAUCGGAAGCCGUACGCACCAAUCUUCCAAGCACCAAGAACAGUUCCCGCCAAGUCCGUUUCCAAACUGCUAGGGUUUCUCAUCAGUUCUCUCUCUGCGUCCUCUUCGAAUAGCUGCUGUAACUUCAUCUUUCCGAUUGGAAGAGGCAAAACGAACGAAGAAUUUCAACUUUUGCGGAAGUUUUUUGAACGAAUCGGAGCACACUCCGAGAGACGGCCGAGUUGAGCGAGCGGAAAAUCACAAUCGGAUGGUCUGUAAAUUGAUAGCUGAAGGAUUUUCUUUGAAACCAACGGAAUCAAAGCUUUGGAGCUGAAUUUUGGUCAAAGUUCGGGUAUGCCAGUGCAUUAGAGUUUGUCUUUGAAGGUUGAAAUGAGAUGCAAUGCAUGUUGGCGAGAACUGGAAGGGCGAGCUGUUUCCACCACCUGUGGCCACCUUUUGUGCACAGAGGAUGCGGGCAAGAUCCUUGGCAGUGAUGGAGCGUGUCCCGUUUGUGAUCAAGUGCUCUCUAAGAGUCAUAUGAAAGCUUUUGAUAUCAAUCCAAAUGAUGAAUGGAUAAAUAUGGCCAUGAUUGGAGUGUCUCCACAGAUAUUAAUGAAGAGUGCACACAAAAGUGUCAUGUUCUACAUUGGCCAAAGGGAAUUGGAAAUGCAGUGCAAGAUGAACAGAAUGCAAGCUCAGUAUCGGCAGAAAUUUGAAGCAAUGCAAGAAAAGUUUGGUGAGAAAAUGGAACAGUUGCAUGCUGCAUACCAGAAAAUGGCAAAGAGGUGCCAAACAAUGGCGCAAGAAAUUGAGAGCUUGUCCAAGGAUAAGCAGGAGCUGCAGGAGAAGUUUUCAGAGAAAUCCAGACAGAAGAGAAAAUUAGAUGAAAUGUAUGAUCAAUUGAGGAGUGAGUACGAUUCAGUUAAACGAUCUGCCAUCCAACCGUCGACGAAUUUCUUUUCAAGAAAUGAACCUGAUAUUUUCUCAAACCAAGCUAACAUUAUGAUGGAAAACAGAGAAGCUGUUAGAAGAGAUUGGUCCGUUCUUACUCCUGAAACUCCAGGGCCGAAGGAGGAUAUAUGGCCAGCGAGACAGAAUAGUUCAAACUCCGGCGGUCCUUUUGACAUCUCGCUUGGCUCACCGGCAAAACAAGCUGCUAUUCCAGUUGAUGCUGGGAACAGAAGGGCUGGUGCUCACCCUAUGUUUGGAACCGGAGCUAGCAACCCCGCAAUGACUUUACGGAACAUGAUACUCUCCCCAAUAAAGAGGCCUCAGCUCUCCCGCCGUCCCCAGAUGUUCACGUUCUAGGCUCGAAGUUGAGUGCUCGCUGUUUGCCGAAGGACAUGCCGAAUAUGUUUACUAUGACUGUAAUUUUCUUUUUCGAAAUGAAAAAGAGAAUUCUCGCAGACCCUAUUACGAAACAAUCAUAUGUUGUAACAGAAAAAUGCAUCACUUGCGGCAUCAUUUGGUGUAAAUAUUUUCGUUUUGGGGUGAAACAGCUUCCGGUGACAUGGUUAUGGGCAUGGACGUUGCACCCCGGAAGCUGAUUUGCCUCCAACUCUUCCCCCUUCCCUCCUUCACUUGAUAUAUUUUCCUUAGCAGAUAUCAAUAGUACGGAAUGUUUCUGGCA